UUUGUCUGAAUCACACUUCAAUAUAUUAGUUUUGUUUCUAUGUAAUUGUUUUAACGAGUUGAAGGCUUUGCCUAUUGUGUGUGCAAAGUUAUUGGCUUUUGAAGAGGUUUACAAUAAAUGCAGUUGUAGGCAGGAACAUCUUAUCGAAACCUGCAGAUCAUCACAAAAUGUCGCUGCAGCGUUUGACAGCGCUGCGGGCGCUGAUGGCCAGUCAGCCGACUGCGUUGUCAGCCUACAUCAUACCCACGGCCGAUGCUCACAACUCUGAGUACAUAGCACCAGUGGACGCGCGCCGCGAAUGGAUCUCAGCGUUCACAGGUUCAGCUGGGACAGCUGUGGUGACAUCAUCGCAUGCGCUGGUCUGGACUGAUGGCAGAUACUACACGCAGUUCGAGAAGGAAGCCGACCUGACGCUGUGGACCUUGAUGAAGCAGUCGCUCCCAGACACGCCGACCAUGGAAAAGUGGUUGGCUUGCAACCUUCCAGAGGGCGCCACCGUCGGAGCCGAUCCUCACACCAUGACCAGGGACGAGUGGACUCCUUUGCAGACGGCGCUAACAAAAGCCAAUAUGAACCUGGUGGCAGUGUCAACAAACCUAGUGGACGAAGCCAGGGUCCAACUAGCUGACCCGCCCCCACCUAGGCCCCAUAACGCCAUCAUACCCCUGCCUGUCAACUAUACUGGUAAACCUGCAGGAGAGAAGAUACAAGAGCUAAGAGAGAAGAUGGCAGAGAAGAAAGCAGCCGCUUUGGUUGUCACUGCGCUGGAUGAAAUCGCUUACGCGUUAAACCUCCGCGGUAGUGACAUAGAGUACAACCCUGUGUUUUUCUCUUACCUGGUCAUCACCCCCUCUUCUGUCUACCUAUUCUGGGGGGACGGGGGAAUCCCCCAGGCGGCCCAGGAUCAGUUGAAGGCAGAGGGGGCGGUAGUUGAAGGCCGCCCGUAUGGGGAUAUUGUGGCUUUCUUGCAACAGUUUGCGUUGUCAGAAGUUGGUGAUGGCCACAGCUGUAUCUGGCUCUCCAGUGAUGCAAGUGAAGCUAUACACAGGGCGGCCGCUGGGCGUGACGUAUUGGAGAAGCCAUUAAACUUGACUUCCGAAGUGUCGCCGAUAGCUCUCAUGAAGCUGAUCAAAAACGAAGUGGAAUUGGAGGGUUUCCGCCAAUGCCACAUUCGCGAUGGCAUAGCGGUUGUCCGCUUCUUCAAGUGGUUGCACGACCGGAUCGACUCCGGUGCAGAGGUGACUGAAAUACAGGCAUCUGAUAAACUGCUGGAGUUCCGCAAGGAUGAAAAGGACUUCAUGGGUCCAUCGUUUGCCACCAUCCCGGGCGCGGGACCCAAUGGGGCCAUUAUACAUUACAACCCGUCCAGAGAGGGGGCCCAAACGGUCAUACAGAGAGGGAACAUGUUUCUACUGGACUCUGGAGGACAGUACAAGGACGGGACUACAGAUAUUACUCGCACACGGCACAUGAGCUACUCGCCUACGGACGAACAGAAGAGUGCCUUCACGCGAGUACUGAAGGGACAGAUGAUGGUUGGGAACGCGCUGUUCCCUAUGGGAGUCAAGGGCAACGUACUAGACAGUUUCGCGCGCAAAGCCCUCUGGGACGUAGGUUUGGACUACGCGCACGGGACGGGCCACGGCGUGGGACACUUUUUAAACGUGCACGAAGGGCCAUCUGGCGUGUCCUGGCGGCCCUACCCACGCGAUCCGGGACUUAAGCCGGGACAGGUGCUUAGCAAUGAACCUGGAUACUACAAAGUGGGCGAGUUCGGCAUUCGCCAUGAGGACUUGGUUGAGAUCGUGAAGAUCACAAAGGACUCUGACCAUCCUAGGGCGAAGUACCUAGUAGGCGAUUACGAUGGCCGAGGCGUGCUUGGAUUCAAUACGCUGACGAUGGUCCCCAACCAAAGAGAAAGCAUCGACGUGUCUCUACUGGAUGACUUUGAGUUGGCCUACAUAAACCAGUACCACCAGAGAGUAUUACAUACUCUAGGUCCAAUACUUGAGAGCCGCGGGUUGACUGAAGACCUGCAAUGGCUACAGAGGGAAUGCGAGCCUAUCCAUAGGAAAUAGGUACAUUGGUAAUGCACAGUUGAAUAUUUUUUAUUGUAUCCCAUUAUUAAACAAUGUAUGUAAUUGUGCAUAUGAAUAACAAUACAUAAGUUAUGUAAAUUUUGUAACAAAUAUUAAUAAAUAAUAACUACUUAUUCAUUA